UGGUUCAUCACCGGUACGGUAUACAGAAGCUUCGUACCGUUUCGCAUCUCAAUAGAUUUCUUUUCAAAAUCUUCCAACCGUGGAUUCCAUUGAAAGAUUGCUUAUAUAUGAGGUGUGUCUCAGGUUUGUCCCCAGUGACUUGGAUGACGAUAAGGCCUCAUUAAAUAUGACUUCUGGAUUGGAGGUCAGUCAACCAAUGUUCAUGCAACGUCCCCAAGGAAUAAAGAUAGAGAUCAAAGAGGAAAGUGAUGAUGAGGAUGAGUACAACAAGUCAAGAGAAUCACUCUAUUCAAUGUUGAAGGAUCAGCAUGACAACCAUCAAAACAAGAAUGAGAUACAUGAAGAGAUCUUACAACCUCAGUAUACUAUUAAAUUGGAGAUUGUCUCUGAUGAUGAUGACAAUGCAAUUGAUGAUGCGUAUCAUAUCAGAGGAGUGCAAAUGAGUGAUCCCCUUGAAUCAAAAGGCUUUCAAAGAGACAUCCAAACACUAACUAAUCCAACAUCAGGUAAUCAGGGGAAUCAGUCAGGUGAUGUCAACACUCAGUCAUGUGAUCAGAAGACAAAAUACAUUUUGACAGAAGUAGCUUCAGGAGGCGACCAGACUACCAAGCCAUCGGGUGAUCUCAACACUCAGUCAUGUGAUCCGAAGACAGAACACACUUUGAUAGAAGUAGCUUCAGGAGGCGACCAGACUCGCAAGCAAUCAGGUGAUCUCAACACUCAGUCAUGUGAUCGGCAGACAGAGGACACUUUGACAGAAGUAGCUCUAGGAAGCAACCAGAGUCAACAGCAAGUUGGAGGAACUGAUGGAAAGAUUCAAUCUCUCCCAGAUUCUGGAAUCUAUAGACGUGAGCACAGUGGAUCACCAUAUGCUAUUCCUCUCAUCUUAGCAAGGCAUCUCGAGUACAAAUAUGGAAUAAAUGGAAUCUACAUGCCAGCAGAUGCACCAGAAGAACAUAUUCUGAAGUUCACUAAUGAAGAAAUACAGGAACCUUCUAAUAAUGAAUAUAAAGUUGAGGAGCUGUAUGCUUGUGAUCAGCAUAAUGAGGAACUCAAUCAAGUUAGUCAAGAAGGGCCUCUCACAAGACAUAAACAAGUCCAUACAGGGGAGAAGCCGUGUGUAUGCAAUCAAUUUGGUAAGGCAUUUAAUCGAGAACACACUCUCACAACACAUAAACGAAUCCAUACAGGUGAGAAACCCUACGUAUGUGAUCAUUGUUAUAAGAAAUUUAGUAAUAGAGGUAAUCUAAAGAAGCACAGACGAAUACAUACAGAUGAGAAGGCCUAUGUUUGUGAUCAGUGUGGUAAGGCAUUUCAUCAAAAACAGACUCUCACAACACAUAAGAGAAUCCAUACAGGGGAGAAGCCGUUUGUAUGUGAUCAGUGUGGUAAGGCAUUUAGUCAAAAACAGACUCUCAUAAGACAUAAACGAAUCCAUACUGGGGAGAAGCCGUUUAUAUGUGAUCAGUGUGGUAAGGCAUUUAAUAAAAAACAGACUCUCACAAUACAUAAACGACUACAUACAGGGGAGAGGCCAUUUGUAUGUGAUCAGUGUGGUAAGGCAUUUAAUAAAAAACAGGCUCUCACAAGACAUAAACAAAUCCAUACAGGUGAGAAACCCUAUGUAUGUGAUCAUUGUUAUAAGGUAUUUAGUAAUAGAGGUAAUCUAAAGAAGCACAGACGAAUACAUACAGAUGAGAAGGCCUAUGUUUGUGAUCAGUGUGGUAAGGCAUUUCAUCAAAAACAGACUCUCACAACACAUAAGAGAAUCCAUACAGGGGAGAAGCCGUUUGUAUGUGAUCAGUGUGGUAAGGCAUUUAGUCAAAAACAGACUCUCAUAAGACAUAAACGAAUCCAUACUGGGGAGAAGCCAUUUGUUUGUGAUCAGUGUGGUAAGGCAUUUAAAAAAAAACAGACUCUCACAACACAUAAACAAAUCCAUACAGGUGAGAAACUCUAUGUAUGUGAUCAAUGUGAUAAGGCAUUUAAUCAAUCUAGUCAUCUCACAACACACAAAAAGGUUCAUACAAGUGAGAAACCCUUUGCAUGUGAUCAAUGUUUUAAGUCAUUUUGUGUUAGAAGUAAUCUAAAGAAGCACAGACUAAUACAUACGGGUGAGAAGCCCUAUGUAUGUGAUCAAUGUGGUAAAGCAUUUAAUCGUAAUCAUUGUCUGAAAAUACAUAAAUUUAUCCAUACGGGUGAGAAACCCUAUGCGUGUGAUCAGUGUGGACAAGCAUUUAAUCGUAAUCAUCAUCUGAAAAGACAUAAAGUUAUCCAUACGGGUGAGAAACCCGAUGCAUAGCAUUUUAGAGAUCAACCACUUCUCUCAACACACAAAAGGGUUCAGUACAGGGAGAAACCCUUUGUAUUUGAUCAAUGUUAAAUAUGAAAUUAAUCUUUAGAGCCACAGACUAACGCAUACAGGUGAGAAGCUGAUGUUUGUGAUCAAUGUGGUAAGGGAUUUAAUUAUAAAUCCAACUGAAUCUCACAGUACAGAAACGUAUCCAAACAGGUGAGCAGCCCUACGUUUGUGAUCAGUGUGGUAAGGGCUUACGUCAUGAACAACUUCUCACAAGACAAUAACAGAUCCAUACAGGUGAGAAGCAGUAUGAUGUACCGGUAUUCUAGAUGUAUAUGGAUUUUUAGUGCUAUGAUGCACUAUUUAUAUUUAUAUAAUGCCUUUUUCUAGUGAAAUAAACAAGUCUUGAAUCUUGAAAUCUUGUCAUUGGUGUUAAGUGAGUUCCAUAACAGAGAGAACAUUCCAUGGAAGUGUGAAAAAAACUCUGUUUAUUCUAGAUUUAACAAUGUUAAUUUUUUUAUGAACACAGGAGGGAAAGAGAGGGGGGUGUUAGGGAGUAGGACCCAGAGUAGGGAAUAAUAGGGGGAUGGAGAGAUGGGGAAUAUAUAGAGACAGGGAGUGGGAGAGGGGGAAGCAAGAGGGAGAGAGUGGGGGGGGGGGGGUUUGAGAGAUUGGAGUGUGGGAAAGAAGAGGUUUGUAUAUAGGCUGGUUUAUGUUCAAUUGGUUAAUACCAAUUACCAACUUGACUACUUUCAUUUGGUCUACCAUCAGUUCGUCCACUCUUCACAUUUCGUCUAAUAACCAGUUGGUCCAAUAGUCUUUUAGUCCAUAUCCCAUGUGGUCUUAUUGGACUAAGUGAUAAUAGGGCGAAAUGAAUGAAAAUAAU